UUGUCCAGAGAAACACCCUCAGCUGGGAAGUCAGUUCCUUACUCUCCUCUGUUGUUUGAACAUGUUGUGGACUAAAGCAGACACUGUCCCAGGCACCUAUAGAAAAGUUGUGGCUUCUCGAGCUCCCAGGAAGGUGCUUGGUUCCUCCACCUCUGCCAUUAAUUCUACAACGCUUUCGUUGACGAAAGCUGAAAAUAAGUAUGCAGGAGGGAAUCCAGUUUGUGUGCGCCCAACUCCCAAGAGGCAAAAAGGAACUAGCAAAUUCUUCAGGUCGUCCCCUAAAGAUUCUGAAAAAGAGAAUCAGAUUCCUGAAGAGGUAAGAAGCAGUGGCUUAGGAAAAGCAAAGAGAAAAGCAUGUCCGUUGCAACCUGAUCCCACAGAUGAUGAAAAAGAAUAGAACUUUCUUAUUCAUCUUUGAAUAAUGUCUCCUGUUUACUCUGGUAUUCUAGGAUGUAAAUUUGCAUAAAUAUGUUUCUUCCAAUUAGCUUUGUUGAAUAGGCAUUUAAUUUUAAAAAUUAGACUUAAAUUUGGUUGUUCAAAAGUAAGUAGUUAUGAAAUUGGAGAAUUUGUAAGAUUAAUUGUGGUUUUUUAGCUUAGUAUUCAAUAUAAUGCAGUAUUUGGUGUCUUUUACCUGCUAUUAAGCUUCUGGUUCUUGCUAAAAUCAGAUCAUUGCGUGGUGUUCUAAUUAGAAGUCUGCGGUAUUUGAGAUUUGCUUAGAUCUUCGUACUGCUGCCAUUUUUAUUGGCAUUUGAUUAUUGAAAUGGUGCCAUAUUUUUGUUGCUUUUAUUUACUUUAAGAAGCAGAGUUAGAUUUUUGCACAUUAAAAAAAUUCAGUAAUAA